AAUGCGGAGGAACGACAGCGUUUAAUUUAUCAAUCAGUCUAUACAUUCAACGGUUGUGAUUUAUCUAUCCGAUAACCAGAAUCUACGGUGGUGUUUUAGCAAUAUUCCAAAUAGUUCGCCUCUCAACAAAAAGACAAAUAUACCCCUAAUUUAAAUCGAAAUUUUCAGACCACUUGCGAUCAACGAGGAAUCAUUACUUUGUUGCAAUCAACGAGGCAUUACUUUGUUCAACAAUGGCACCAAGCAAGAUGGGAACCCAGACCCUUAUCUCUACAAAGCUUCCACAGAAUUCUACCCCAAGUUGCAAGUGUGGUAGCUAACUUUCCAUUCUUUCUCUUUCUCUUACAGUAUAUAUAUAUAUAUAUAUAUAUAUAUAUAUAUAUAUAUAUAUAUAUAUAUAUAUGUAUUUCUGUUCUUUUCGUUUUGUUUUGUAUUACGUUUCCCUUCUCCUCAUAUAAGACAAUUAAUGCUAAAAAACACCCGUACUUGACACAUAUUGAAGAUCCAAAAUGGGUUUUCCGUUAGUGGGUUCUCGUGCUUCUCAUUUUUUGGCGAGGAAUUUUGAUGACAAGAGUAAAAAGUUUCCAUCUUUCAAUGAAAUUGAAAGGUUUAGUGUUAGUAUCAGGUGUUCAAAGUUUAAGCCCUACCCAAGGAGAAUUUCGCUGAGUAAGAGUGAAUUGAUUGGCUGUGAUGAGAGAACAAGCCCAAACGAGAUCAGAAAAGAGAUAGAACGAUGCUAUGAACUCAUAGAGAGACUUGGAAGGGGAGUUGUCUAUCUGGGUUCUUCAAGAAUGGGACCAGAUCAUCCACAUUACUGGAAAGCAUGGGAGUUGGGUAGAGAGGUUGCUAAGCUUUUGGACUGUACUUCAUGGACGGGAGCUGGUCCAGGCCUAAUGGAUGCUUCUAUUAAAGGUGCCCUGGAAGCGGGAAAACCUGUUGGUGGAUUUAAGAUAGCAAAAGAAGCUGGUGAAUGGACAGCCUCAAAUUUUCAUCCUCACCUACCAUCGGAAACUUAUCUUACAUGCAGGUUUUUCUCUGCGAGAAAGCAUGGGUUAGUGGAUGCUGCAGUUAGGAACUGUAGUUCUGAGAGGACUGCAGUAGUUGCUCUCCCUGGUGGAAUCGGAACUCUAGAUGAGAUCUUCGAGAUUUUAGCCCUGAUGCAGCUAGAAAGGAUUGGAUCAGAGCUUCCAGUCCCUUUUAUUGUGAUGAAUUAUGACUCAUUCUACCAGAAGCUCUUAGACUUCAUUCAAAACUGUGAGGAUUGGGGUACUGUCUCCAGAGGUAAGGUUACAUCACUGUGGAAGAUAUGCAACAAUAACUCGGAAGCAUUGGCCUACUUGACAGAUUUCUACAAUCGCCAUUCUUCUAGCUAGUGAUGAAAGCAAGCAAGAUAAGAAGCUUACAAGUGCUCAUUGAAUAAUUUUGUUAUAAAGUUCAAAAAGAAUUUAAUUGUCAUAAUUUUUAUUUUUAAAUAUUAUGUGCAAAAUAAUGAAAUAAAACUGAAAUGUUGUACUCCCUGACUCGUUAUAGAAUUGAGAAUGCAUGUCUUGCAAUAAUUUAGAAAAUGAAGGUUCAGAUGCUUUAAUUUGCAAA